AUGAAGCUCCUGUACGAUGACAGGGACGAGGACUCGGAGUACUUUCAGCACUCGCUCUUCAUCGUGCUCUGCAACCGCCUCAUGACGUGCGCGGUGGCAGUCAUCGUGCACCUGGUGAGUCAGAGCCCGUUGAGUCGAUGCUCUAAUGUUCGCCUCUCUAACAUCUUCCUCUUCAUCAUGCUGCUCUGUAACCGCCUCAUGACGUGUGCUGUGGCAGUCAUCGUGCACCUGGUGACAGGAGCGUCGUUGGCUCUGGUGGCUCCCAUCUACGCCUAUGGUGCCGUGUCCCUCUCCAAUGUCAUCUCCUCCGGGUGCCAAUACGAGGCCCUCAAGUACGUGAGCUUCCCUCUGCAGACCAUAGCCAAGUCAUCCCGCAUGAUGCCUGUGCUGGUAAGCCCUGUGACCCGGCCAGGUGCCAUGUGA